AUGAUGCCUCUGUGCCCUCUCCUGCUUCCGCCAGGCGAUCAGAUACAUUGUAUCGGGACGUUGACUGACUUCUUCACAGUUUCUACAGUACUUGGAGACGUAUCAUUCCAGUACCAGCCCACAUAUCAUGAUUUGGGACACUUUUCCAUGAUCUACAGGGACACCACUGCCCCUGCCGGCCAGGUAGCCACCCUCGCUCGUGGAGCGGAAUACUACGACUUUAUCAGACAAUAUGAUCUGUCCGAUGGUGUAGCCAUCCUUCAACUCUUCGUGUAUGCACAGAAACUUGUUAUAGUCUCUGGAGCAGCACAAGCUGGUGUCCACCCUAUGGGCGGUGCAUUGGUCGCUGCACCUCCUCUCCAGUUGACAUCACUCAUAAACACUGUGGGACUCACUGCACCUCCUUCUGUCGCUUCAGUCUCCACCCUCAGCCUGACGCAGGCAUAUCUCAAGCAUGAGUUCCCUAUGAUGAAGGCCCAAAUCGACCAUUAG